AUGGUGCCCUGCGCCUCCCCUGUGCUCCUGGCUGCCGCUUCGGCCGCGCGCAGGUUGCGCGCCCCGCUCCGCCCGGGCCCGCGGCUGCUGCUGCUUUCCCGCGGCUGCGCCUCGCGCGCCCUCUGCGCUCCCGGAGGUAGCGGCGCCGGCGGUGGCCCCGGAGAGCCCUCCGCGUCCUGGGCCUGGUAUGAAGCUUUGUCGACCUCGGCGCCCGUGGCGUGGAUGGAGUCGAGCCUGGUGGCGCUGCAGGCCGCGUCCGGGCUGCCCUGGUGGGCCGCCGUGGUCGCCGCCAGCGCCCUCCUGCGCACCGGCGUCACCCUCCCGCUCGCCGCCCUGCAGAGCCGCGUCCUCGCCAAGGUGGGCUCUGCGCAGGGGCGCACGGAGAGGGGGCUCCUGAGCAUCGGCAGAGGGCUGCCAAGCGCGUCCCGAGCAAAGGGGCGCACGGAGAGGGUGGAACGCGUAAACUGGGAGGAAAAAAUGGAAUGCAUGGUGUGACUCUCCGUGGCGGGGGUCGGAGUAGGGCGGUGUGGUCCGCGCGAAAUUUAAAUAAACAGCAGAUGACACAAAUCCGGCAAAGUAUUUCGAGUCCGGUAAAGCUUUUAAAAUGAUUAAGCUUGUCCAUAUGCACAUGAUACUUCAAAAGUUAUUUUAAUGCGUAUUUGUGUAAGGACCAGAUUAAUAUUUUUUUUGGUCCAAUUUGGAAAUGUUAGGUUAGGUUAUAAUUAGCUUAAAGGUUUUCUUAAAAGUGCAUAUAUAUAAAAAACUGCCGCCUUGCAAAUGAGCCCGUAUAAUUUAAUAUGUUUUUGAGGGGGGAGCAGUUUUAUCUAGAUGCAGGAUGAAGUGUGGGAGAUGCUUUUCUUUGUCAAAUGAAUCACUGCUCUUGGCUGCAGAGCUCCUUGCUCAGAUUGUCUCAUGGCCUGGAAUUGGGGUUAUUUUUUGGCUACUCCAUGUGAAAAAUAAAAUAAAAAAUCUAGUGUACACCUAGGAAAAUGUCAUAUAUAUCAGUCAGUAUAGUACAAGGCUCUUAAUCUCAGGGUUGUGAAUCCAAGCCCCACAUUGAGCAAACAAUUCCUGCAUUGCUGGGGUCACUAGACGACCCUUUUGGUCCCUUCCAAGUUUGCAAUUCUAUGAUUUAAUAUCUCAUCAUCCAGACCAUUUAGCAUAGCCCUUCAGCUCAUCCAGAUAUUUCACUACCUAUAUAGUCUUUAAGCACUUAUAUGGCAACUUUCUAACUUGUACUUCUGCAUGAGGAUACUACUGUUUCUAGCAAAAUACUGAGCUGUACUCAGUGGUAGGGUGCAUGAUUAAUUUUUUUGCAUGCACAAGGCCCCAGAUUUAAUCCCUGGUAUGGCUGGGAAAGAGGGACGCAGGUGGCGCUGUGGUCUAAACCACAGAGCCUAGGGCUUGCCGAUCAGAAGGUCGGCGGUUUGAAUCCCCGCGACGCGGUGAGCUCCCGUUGCUCGGUCCCUGCUCCUACCAACCUAGCAGUUCAAAAGCACAAAGUACAAGUAGAUAAAUAGGUACCACACCAGUGGGAAGGUAAACGGCGUUUCCGUGCGCUGCUCUGGUUCGCCAGAAGCGGCUUAGUCAUGCUGGCCACAUGACCCGGAAGCUGUACGCCGGCUUCCUCGGCCAAUAAAGCGAGAUGAGCGCCGCAACCCCAGAGUCGGCCACGACUGGACCUAAUGGUCAGGGGUCCCUUUACCUUUACCUAUGGCUGGGAAAGAGCCCCACCUGAAACCACAGAAAGCUCUUGCCGGGCAGCAUAGACAAUUGUUGUCGUUUAGUCGUGUCCGACUCUUCGUGACCCCAUGGACCAGAGCACGCCAGGCACUCCUGUCUUCCACUGCCUCCUGAAGUUUGGUCAGACUCACGUUUGUAGCUUCGAGAACGCUGUCCAACCAUCUUGUCCUCUGUCGUCCCCUUCUCCUUGUGCCCUCCAUCUUUCCCAACAUCAGGGUCUUUUCCAGGGAGUCUUCUCUUCUCAUGAGGUGGCCAAAGUCUUGGAGCCUCAGCUUCAGGAUCUGUCCUUCCAGUGAGCACUCAGGGCUGAUUUCCUUCAGAAUGGAGAGGUCUGAUCUUCUUGCAGUCCAUGGGAUAGACAGUACUCAGAUAGAUAGAGCCAUGGUUUGACUUGUAUUUUAAUUCCCACUUACUGCAUUUCUAUAGUGAUGCUAGUGAACCUGGGUCUACAUUUAGGCAGGUAGGCAAGAGUAAACCCUUAAUGUAUACCUGAAGGAGCGUCUCCACCCCCAUCGUUCUGCCCGGACGCUGAGGUCCAGCGCCGAGGGCCUUCUGGCGGUUCCCUCAUUGCGAGGAGCAAAGCUACAGGGAACCAGGCAGAGGGCCUUCUUGGUGGUGGCACCCGCCCUGUGGAACACCUUCCCACCAGAUGUCAAAGAGAAAAAUAACUACCAGACUUUUAGAAGACAUCUGAAGGCAGCCCUUUUUAGGGAAGCUUUUAAUGUUCGAUGUAUUACAGUAUUUUAAUAUUUAUUAUUAUUAUUAUUAUUAUUAUUAUUAUUAUUAUUAUGCUAAGGGAGAGCUCUUUAAGGGACAGGUUUUUGAGGGGGAAAGAAGCACUUUACUGGUUUAUAACUAAGUCGUCCGUGUCUUUUCAGCUAGCUGGAAAACCUGAAGCCUGAAAUCCACAGCCUAGCCAAGCACCUUCGCUAUGAAGUUUCCGUUUGUGCAAAACAACGGAGUUGGUCUGAAAAGGAAGCCAGGUAAGAGCAUUUUGAGCAGUAUCUCAGCUCAUCCAGUUGGAAUAAUAUUCUGUGGCAUUAAACAUUUCUCUUGCUCAUGGCCACUGCAAGCCACGUAGCAGUAUACAAUGGCACCUUGGUUCUCAAACUUAAUCCAUUCCAGAAGUCCGUUCCAAAACCAAGGCAUGCUUUCCCAUAGAAAGUAAUGCAAAAUGGAUUAAUCCAUCCCAGACUUUUAAAAACAACCCCUAAAACAGCAAUUCGACGUGGAUUUUACUAUCUAACGAGACCAUUGAUCCAUAAAAUGAAAGCAAUAAUCAAUGUACUGUACUAUAAAGUAAAUAAAACGGUAUUGUAGAUGAUGAAAAUUAAAAUAUUUCCCCCCCCCCUUACCUGCACUGAUGAUAGUCAAUGUUUGGAUGGGGGGCUUUUAGCCAUUUCCGCAGUCACACAAUCAAUCAGUAGCUGAACUGGGUUCCACACUGUCACAAAAACAAAUUAACCGAAAAAGCCUCAGAAACAAAAACACCAAAUAAAUAGUGAAAACAAAAGCGCCAAACUUAAUCCUUUCCGGAAGUCCGUUUGACUUCUGAAAUAUUUGAAAACCAAGGCGCAGCUUCUGAUUGGUGCAGGUGCCCCGGAAACAAUAGCCGACAGACGCAUUGGACGUUCGGCUUCUGAGAAACGUUCGAAAACCAGAACACUUACUUACUUUUCGGCGUUUGGAAACCAAGGUGUUUGAGAACCAAGGUACCACUGUACUUGUAAGAUUCCCAUGUGAAGAGUUCUUCUGUGGGGAAGAUCUACCAAGCUUGUCUGUUGAGCGCAUGCUGCUUCAUGGAAGCAAGUUGUGGGCAACUUACACCUGCCAGGAAUGACGCCUCAAUGCCUCCCACGUGCGUUGCGCCAGGAGGGUUUUGGGUAUCAAAUGGCAGGACAGAGUCACAAGCAAUGAUGUGCUUUCCCAAGCCUUACAUACCCAGCAUGUUCGCACUCCUGUCUCAGCGACAUCUACACUGGCUUAGUCAUGUCCACAGAACGGAGGAGGACAGCAUUCCCAAUGACGUGCUCUGUGGGGAGCUGGCUUCAGACACCAGGCCCACUCGCAGACCCACACUCUGUAACUCUGCAUUACAAAGAUGUUCGCAAACAUGAUAUGGAGGCUACUGUGUGGGUGUUGGGAUACUGCCGGGAGCACGGGGGCAUCAGGCAGGCCCCCAGCUGGCUCCAGCCACCGGCCAGCAGCCGGACUCCCUUGGAACAGCAUCAAACAGCAACACGAGCCUCAGAUACGUUUAGAGACCCGUGCAAGCUCUGUCAGCAGAGUGUGUAAAUCAUCUCACAGCAGAAGAGGCGGACAGAGAGAUGUGCAAGCAUAAUGUACAGCAUUUUAUUCAGGACAGUUCAGGAACAAAGGAAAACAUGUCUGCUACCCUUCGUCUCCAGCAAAACAGCAGCAAUACAAAAGCUAUAUACAAACGGAAGUUCCCAGAGAGUGCUGGAAGGAAACAGGCAUGUGACACACAAACCUGUACACAUGCCUGUACAGUGGUGCCUCGCAAGACGAAAUUAAUCCGUUCCGCGAUCUCUUCGUCUUGCGGUUUUUUCGUCUUGCGAAGCACGGCUGUUAGCGGCUUAGCGGCUAUUAACGGCUUAGCGGCUUUAAGAAAAAGGAAACAAACUCGCAAGAACUCGCAAGACGUUUCGUCUUGCGAAGCAAGCCCAUAGGGAAAUUCGUCUUGCGGAACGACUCAAAAAACGGAAAACUCUUUCGUCUAGCGAGUUUUUCAUCUUGCGAGGCAUUCGUCUUGCGGGGCACCACUGUACCCUUUUAAGGUGGAACGGAACUACAGUGGUACCUCAGGUUAAGUACUUAAUUCGUUCUGGAGGUCUGUUCUUAACCUGAAACUCUUCUUAACCUGAAGCACCACUUUAGCUAAUGGGGACUCCUGCUGCCGCUGCACCACCAGAGCACGAUUUCUGUUCUCAUCCUGAAGCAAAGUUCUUAACCUGAAGCACUAUUUCUGGGUUAGCAGAGUCUGUAACCUGAAGCGUAUGUAACCUGAAGCGUAUGUAACCCGAGGUACCACUGUAUAUCCUAACAGUGGGAACCCCUUGCACAUGAACGCAGGCAGUCAGUUCAUGCAUCCAUAGCAGUGACCGGAGGAGGAAUGACCGCUGGGAGGAGUGCAGAGAGAAUAAACGCCCUGGUUCAUCUUCAACAGCACAACCGGAAGCCUUCCUCUGCCCCAGCUGCAAGAAAACAUGUCUCUCCCUUAUCGUUCUCUACAGCCACAGCAGGCGCUGUAACGCUAACGGUUUGACUUCAUCCCCGAAGGCGCACUCCUCCAUUGUCUCCAGAGACAGAUGGAUGCUAACCAACAUGUGGUGCAUAAUGCAAUGGAGAGAGUCUCUUCCUUUAAAUUCCUAGGAGUUUAUCUCAGUGAAGCCCUUACUUGGAAAAUAAAUACAACCCAGGUGGUUAAGAAAGCCCAACAGAGACUCCAUCUCCUCAGAGUACUGCGAAAGAAUGGUGUCAAAUCAACAUUUGAUGAUCUCCUUUUACCGGUCAACAAUGGAAAGUGUCGUUUCAUACUGCAUCACGGUGUGGUACGCUGGUUUGACGUCAACUGAUAGGAAGUGCUUACAGAGGGUGGUGAAUACAGCACAAGAUAUUAUGGGCUGUCCCGUGAAUCCGCUGGAUGACAUCGCGGAAGAACGUUGCCUCAGGAGAGUGAGGGAAAUUCUCAGGGAUGAUUCACACCCUGGCUGACACUUUCUUGAUCUCCUGCCCUCGGACAGAAGAUAUAGAAGCAUGAUAAGUCGCACAAACAGGGUAAAGAACAGCUUCUAUCCGUGGGCUGUUAGGCUGCUGAAUGAAAAGACAACAACAGGGCAACUGACUUUUGGGUUUGGUGGGUGUGCAUCAGUAAAUGAGGGGAAUUAAGACUAAGAGAGCUGAGUGGGGGGUGCUUGUGUAAUCUCACUGUAUACAAGUUGUAGAAGUGACAAUAAAGUAAAGGUAAGGGGACCCCUGACCAUUAGGUCCAGUCAUGCCCGACUCUGGGGUUGCGGCGCUCAUCUCGCUUUAUUGGCCGAGGGAGCCGGCGUACAGCUUCCGGGUCAUGUGGCCAGCAUGACUAAGCCGCUUCUGGCGAACCAGAGCAGCGCACGGAAACGCUGUUUACCUUCCUGCCAGAGCGAUACCUAUUUAUCUACUUGCACUUUGACGUGCUUUCGAACUGCUAGGUUGGCAGGAGCAGGGACCGAGCAACGGGAGCUCACCCUGUCGCGGAACCACCGACCUUCUGAUCAGCAAGUCCUAGGUUCUGUGGUUUAACCCACAGCACCACCCGCGUCCCCUCCACAAUAAAGUAUUUCAAUUCAAUUUCAAUUGUUCUGCGAUUGGCCUUUCAGCACUGCCCACAGACCUGUCUACGGGUUCUUCCACUCCUUCUCUGUUCCUUUAUAUUGCCCACUUACCGCAUUUCUAUAGUGAUGCUAGUAAGCCCCUUUAUAAAGGUCAAUGUAACCUCUUCCUUGUUCUUCCCUCACUUCUGUUUCCCUCUGCCCAAGCAGGUUCCAUUUCAAGAAGAAUCUGAAAAGGAUUGUUUCCGAGUUGUACGUGCGAGACAACUGCCACCCUUUGAAGGCCACCUUGCUCGUAUGGAUUCAGAUUCCAAUGUGGGUCUUCGUUUCCAUGGCUUUGCGCAACUUCAGCAUUGGUAGAGCAGCUGCUGACGGUAAGGCUUUUGAACUGGUGUCGUGAAAUGUUAGGAAGUCAUUCUUCAAAGAAACGGAAAAAGGAGCUUGUAGGUUUAAAGAAGUUUUCUUUAAAGGUUAGGAGUGACACUCUAGGCUGAUUGGUUAUAGCUGGGGAUGGGGGAAAAAAGGAGGACGUUGCAGGUUGCACUUCCCUGCAUGAGGAAAGAGUACCCACACGGUGUGAGAUAAUAAUAAUAAUAAUAAUAAUAAUAAUAAUAAUAAUAAUUUUUUAUUUAUACCCCGCCCUUCCCGGUUUAAAAACCAGGCUCAGGGCAGCUAACAGCAAAUAUAAAACAUUGAUUAAAAUGUGACUUAAAAACAGCAUAGAAUGCAACAUGCAAAUGCAGCAUCAAUAUCAAUAAAAAUCCAGGGGUCAUUUUUGUGUGUGUGUGUGGGGGGGGGAACGACCAGUCAGUAGACAUCAAAUGAUCACCAGGGCUAACUGGCCUAGUUAGUCCUACCAGGGCCAGCAAGGAGACCAAGGAAGAAUUUAAAUGUGGGGUCCCAGAAAGGGUUUCUUCAUAGAAGAGGAAAGGGAAAAGGGAAUAGAAGAUCAGGCUAAUUCAAAUUGAAGGCCAGGCGGAAUAGCUCUGUCUUACAGGCCCUGCGGAAGGAGAUCCAGUCCUGUAUAUACCAGGCAUAGGCAAACUGCGGCCUUCCAGAUGUUUGGGAUUACAAUUCCCAUCAUCCCUGACCACUGGUCCUGUUAGCUAGGGAUGAUAGGAAUUGUAGUCCCAAAUAUCUGGAGGGCUGGAGUUUGCCUAUGCCUGGUUUACCCCGUGGUGGAAAGAUGUAUGUAAAUAGUUUUGUAUAUAGUCGCGACUAAAGUGCUUGUGAACCAGCCAAGAAAUAAAGUAACUCUUGACUGAGUAUUUUGUACAAGUCUCAUAGUCUCUUGCCGCAAGGAAGGAACUCUCCUAUGGGCUGUUCAAAGCGGUUUUACAGAGGAGCCACCACACCAGCAACAAGCGUAGUAGAAGUGUGUGGGCAGCAACGUCCAAUAUAUAAUGUACCAUAAAACCUCUACUUACAUCCUGCUCUACUUAGGCCUGUUCCAAGUUGCAACCGCGGCAAACCCAGAAGUAAACACCGGGUUUGCUGCGAUUUACGCAUGUGCAGAAGCGGGUGCCGCUAAAUGUGCCUGCGCACAAUGAUGCUUCUACCAGCAAUCCAUUUCGCCAUAAGGAUGGGCCUCUGGAAUGGAUUGUGGUCGUGAGUAGAGGUUCCACUGUACGCUGUUUCCCCAAACCCUAUUUCUCAUCCCUUGGCUUAAUAAUAAUAAUAAUAAUAAUAAUAAAUUUUAUUUAUACCCCGCCCUCCCCAGCCAAGACCGGGCUCAGGGCGGCUAACAACCAAUAAUAAAAACAAGUUGAUUGAAAUACAACUUAAAAAACAAGAUUAAAAUACAUUAAAAUAAUCAAAACAUUAAAAUGCAGCCUCAUUGCAGGAGGAGAAAGGAAAAAAGAAAGGGGGGGGGGAGGGAAUCAAAUUGAUUCUAAGCCAAAGGCCAGGUGGAACAACUCUGUCUUACAGGCCCUGCGGAAAGAAAUCAGAUCCUGCAGGGCCCUGGUCUCAUGAGACAAAGCGUUCCACCAGGCCGGAGCCAGUGUUGAGAAGGCCCUGGCUCUGGUUGAGGCUAAUCUGACUUCCUUAGGGCCCGGGACCUCUAGGGUGUUGCUAUUUAUGGACCUUAAGGUCCUCCGUGGGGCAUACUGGGAGAGGCGGUCCCGUAGGUACGAGGGUCCUAGGCCGUGAAGGGCUUUAAAGGUCAAAAGCAGCACCUUAAAUCUGACCCUGUACUCCACCGGGAGCCAGUGCUGCUGGAAAAGCACUGGGUGAAUAUGCUUCCAUGCCAGAGACCCCGUGAGGAGCCUCGCUGCAGCAUUCUGCACCCGCUGGAGUUUCUGGGACAGCUUCAAGGGCAGCCCCGCGUAGAGCGAAUUACAGUAGUCAGGCCUUGAGGUGACCGUCGCAUGGAUCACUGUGGCCAGGUCGGGGCGGGAAAGGUAAGGGACCAACUGCUUGAUGCGGCGAAGGUGGAAAAAUGUCGCCUUGGCUGUUGUUGUAACUUGCGCCUCCAUGGAAAGGGAGGCAUCAAGGAUUAUACCCAAACGCUUAACGGAAGGCAAUGGCACUAAUUGGGCCCCUGCAAGAGAAGGGAGUUGGUCCCUUAACUGAAUGCAUCUCCUUUUCCGCACUUGGUUAGCUGUUGAACAGCAUAAACUGUUGAAAGUGUUAGGUCUCUGACAUGGCAGCUUAAACUCAAAGCCAUGCUCACAGGGCUGAGCCAUUGCCCCCUUCUGUUGGCUUUUCCCAAAGGGUACUCACUCAGCCAAACUGGGAAUUCCGGACGUCAUGGCUCUCCGUCAGCCUCCUCCGAUCUGCCUCUUUGAAGUCUCCGCCAGUCGAUCAAGCUGACGACCAGCAGAUAAAACUUCAAAGCCCUUCCUCACACGCUUCACGUUGACCCAUAACCAUGUUAAGUAGAAUUUAUUGCUUUACUCUUGGUGUCCGGCACGCUCCCCUGCACCUCUGCAGGUCGUAAAGCAAUUAGCAGAAUUGCACAGCGUCCGUGUAGAAAGAGCAGUAAAACAGUCCCACACGUUUCUUCUUUUCUAAUAGCACUUUAAUUGCUCAAAAGUAGCAUAUUUACAAUUCAUAGACACCAUCUGAUUGAAGCUGCAUUUUGCAUCCUUCUCUCUCAGCUUUGCAGCUGUGGAACAAAGCUGCUUUCACUUUUCACUCAGCUCACAGCAUUCCAAGCUGCUUUCGUCACGCCCUGGCUUACUUCCCUUGUAAGCGCCUCCUCUCAGCCUCGAGACACAGAAGGUUAACCCUUCACUACACCCAACAGAAAGGACUCCUUAGCUAUGGCUUCCAGCUUGACUUUCCAGCUGCAGGGAUGGAUCUAGCGAUUGCUAAUCUGAAUCACGGAGGAGGAGAAAGGUUACGUUCCAGAAGUUUUCGGUCAUUUAUCCAAGAUCUGCCAACAAUGUUUUUUUGUCUGGAUUCAGCCUUGUCUGCCCUCAACCUAAUCCGCUAAAGUGAUGGAUGGUUAAGGUAACAAAAUGUGCCAACCGUGUGUGUGGUUUUUCAACAGGGUUCUUAAUUCAGGAGCAGCUUUCCACAGGAGGUGUCCUCUGGUUUCCGGACCUCACUGUACCUGACUCAACUUGGAUUCUGCCAAUUACUCUUGGACUCCUCAAUCUGCUGAUAGUGGAGGUAUGGAAGGCUGACUCUGGGACCACCAUCAAAUCACAUCUACAGCUAUUUGGCCGACUUGCAGUUUACUCUGCAGUGGUACCUUGGUUCUCAAACGUAAUCCGUUCCAGAAGUCCGUUCCAAAACCAAAGCGUUCCAAAACCAAGGCGCGCUUUCCCAUAGCAAGUAAUGCAAAAUGGAUUAAUCUGUUCCAGACUUUUAAAAGCAACCCCUAAAACAGCAAUUUAACAUGGAUUUUACUAUCUAACGAGACCAUUGAUCCAUAAAAUGAAAGCAAUAAACAAUGUACUGCAGUCACACAAUCAAUCAGUCAAUAGCUGAAUUGGGUUCCACACAGUCACAGAAACAAAACAUAAAAGCCGCAAAAACAAAAACACAAAAUAAAUAGCAAAAACAGAUAGGCCUUAGUGUAGCACUCAAAACGGAAGCGUGGCACUCAAAACAGAGCAUGUUUGGCUUCUGAAAAAAGUUCACGAACUGGAACACUUAACUUUUGGGUUUGCAUUAUUUGGGGUCCAAGAUGUUUGAGUACCAAGGCGUUUGAGAACAAAGGGAUCACUGUAUUGUAAAUAAAAUAGACCAGCAGUUUGUCAGCAGAGACAGAUAAACAAACGCUGUAAUGGCAUUUAAUUUCUGCUUUGGAAUAGCAGGGCUAUACUUCUUAAAAACAAAAACCGUUCCAGUUAACAUUGUCUUUCGACCGUUAGAUACAGUUUUUAAAGGAGGUGAGCAGCUUGAUAUAUAAAGCAGAUUGCCGGCCACGUUGGGAGUUCUCACACUUUAAACCUGGGAAGGACUUUAAAGCGUAGAUAAUAACUUGCGUUGACCUGUACGCACCAGUUCCUGAGUUGCAUAUUUGCCUCCUCGACGCUCCAGCUGACAUUUUGUUCCCCAAAUUUCUUACAAGUGAAAUUUGUCUCUCCAGAUUUUUGCUUUGCGGAAAACUCAACUGUCUCGGCUCCAGAGGUAUGGCACUAACUUCUUCCGAGGUGUCUCGGUGCUUAUGAUUCCAAUCGCUGCAACUGUACCAUCAGUAAGUAACCUAGAACAACAUUGUGUAUGCCAUCAAAUGCCACCAGUGCCCUUCAGCUCUCUGUAUUGGACAAACAGGAUAAACCCUACGCCAAAGGAUAAAUGGACAUAAGUCUGAUAUCAGGAAUCACAAGACAGAGAAACCAGUAGGAGAACACUCCCAGGACAAUCAAUCUCCCAGGACAUUCUAUACAAGAUCUCAAAGUAACUGUCUUAUUGCAAAAGAAUUUCAUAGACUGGAAAGAGAAGUUGCUGAAUUGCAACUUGUUACCAAACUUAAAACCAUGGAGAGACCGGGUCUGAAUAGAGACAUUGGAUUCUUAGCUCAUUAUACAUGAUAAAGCUAUUUUGAGCCAUCUCACCCCUUGCUUUUUCCUAUAAGACCAAUUGCAGUCGUUAACAGUUGUCAACAGGUUUACUACACCUAUCAGCCAAUCACCCAUUCCCACCACCCUUCUGAGUAAUACCCUUCCCCACCCUCUCACUAUAUGUAAGGGUCUGGUGACUUCUGUUUCAGUGUAUCUGAAGAAGUGUGCAUGCGCACGAAAGCUCACACCAAUAACUAACUUAGUUGGUCUCUAGGGUGCUACUGGAAGGAAUUUUUUUAUUUUGUUUUGACUAGAACAACAGCGCUGAGUUGGGCCAAUGCUUCUUCCAGGCUCUGAGGUGGUUUGGGAAACCCAUUGCGAGUGAGCCCCUAAUUCUCCAGUUUGGAGCCCGGAAAUGGUUUUUGUGCCGUGGCUUCAUUUCAAGAAGUAAUAAUACACUCCAGCAGUGUGUACAGGCACCCUGCGCUGCUUUUCCUGUGUAGGAAAUGUCCAGGUUUAGUCCUUGGCAUAGUUUAAAACAGGCAUGGCCAAACGUGGUCGUCCAGCUGUUUUGGGACUACAAUUCCCAUCAUCCCUGACCACUGGUCCUGUUAGCUAGGGAUGAUGGGAGUUGUAGUGCAAAAACAGCUGGAGGGCCGAGUUUGGCCAUGCCUUGUUUAAAAGGACUAGAUCGCAGAUGAUGUGAGGAACCUUUGCCUGAGACCCUGGAAAUUUGCUGGCAAUUGGGGUUGACAUCAGUGAAGGACCAGUGGCCUGACUAAUAUCUCACCUUCCUACAUCUAUUUUUAAAAAGAUUUUACUGUAUUUUUACAGUUUUAUAUUCAAUCAAACAACACAUUAUAACAUUUGUCAUAUAAAAGAAAAAGGAAGGGAAAACCCCUCCCUGUGACUUCCCUCAACUUACCCUUCUGGUUCUUUAAAUAUUUACUACUUCUGCUUAAUUAUUAUCUUAUUUUUAUAAUCCUAUACCUUAAUAUUCUUAUUCUCUUAUCAGUUUUAUUCCAAAUUUUCCUUCUUGAUUACUUCUUACAGUCAAUUUCAUUCCACGUUGUCCUUAACCUUUGAUCUUAUUUUCUUACUUGUAAAUGUUUAAUCAGAUCCCGCUAGUGAGUCCAUAUCUUUACAGUAUUUCUGUAAGUGCAACAUAAAAGGUUCCCAGUCUUUUUUAAAUUCUUCACUAUCUCUGUCUCUGAUUCUUUCCGUCAGUUUCACCAUUUCUGCAUAUUCCAUAAGCUUGACUUGCCAUUCUUCUCUUGUUGGUACAACUUCCUACAUCUAAACUCCAAAUGCUCCCUUGCAUCCAGUACUGAACAGCUUGCUCAGAAAACCUCUUGCAGUAGAAAACCACGAGGAUUUUCCCCGUUUUCAGAAACUGUCAUAUUUGUAAUGGCAUUAGUGUCCUUACUCAUUCUUUGAGGAGCUGAAUGAUAUAAUAGCUGGAUGUUGUAUGACUGGUGCAUGAACAUCACAGCUUAAGCAGGAGUUUGAACCCAUGUCUUUCAUAUCCAAAUCCAACAUCCAAACUGAAGCAUCUUAGAAGAACAUCUCUGCCAUAGAUAGGCAAACUAAGGCCCAGGGGCCGAUUCCAGCCCAAUCGCCUUCUCAGUCUGGCCCGCGGACGGUCCAGGAAUCAGCGUGUUUUUACAUGAGUAGAAUGUGUGCUUUUAUUUAAAAUGCAUCUGGGUUAUUUGUGGGGCAUAGCAAUUCGUUCAUUUCCCCCCCAAAAAAUAUAGUCCGGCCCCCCACAAGGUCUGAGGGACAGUGGACUGGCCCCCUGCUGAAAAAGUUUGCCGACCCCUGCUAUGUUAACUCCUGCUGAAGCUGGGUAGAAUAUUGCUUCUAAGAUGCUCCAGUUUUUAAGAUGGCUUCAUAAAUUUGGAAGAGCCAGGUUUUGCGGCUGGAGUGAGGCCUGGGUUCAAAUUCCCCUCAGCCUUGGUGAUUGGACCAUCUUUCACCCUAAUGUAACUCAGAAGGUUGUUAGAAGGAGGAGAAAAGGGACUGAGAGCACUUUGUAUUGGCACCCUGAGCUUUUUGGAGGAAGGUGGGCCGAAAUGUAUCCCAUCAAGUUUUCCACAUAUAGUGGUACCUUGGUUCUCAAACUUAAUCCAUUCCAGAAGUCCGUUCCAAAACCAAAGCGUUCCAAAACCAAGGCACGCUUUCCCAUAGAAAGUAAUGCAAAACGGAUUAAUCCGUUCCUGACUUUUUAAAACAACCCCUAAAACAGCAAUUUAACAUGGAUUUUACUAUCUAACGAGACCAUUGCUCCAUAAAACGAAAGCAAUAAUCAAUGUACUGUACUAUAAAAUAAAUAUGAUAGUAUUGUGGAUGAUGAAAAUUAAAAUUCUUUUUUCCCUUAGCUGCACUGAUGAUAGUCAUCAUUUGGAUGGGGGGCUUUUAUCGAUUUCCACAGUCACACUGUAGCUGAACUGCGUUCCACACAGUCACAAAAAGAAAUAAACCAAAAAAAUCCUCAAAAACAAAAACGCAAAAUAAAUAGCCAAAGCGCCAAACUUAAUCCAUUCCAGAAGUUUGUUUGACUUCCAAAAUGUUCGAAAACCAAGCCGCAGCUUCUGAUUGGUGCAGGCGCCCCAGAAACAAUAGUUGACAGAUGCAUCGGACGUUCGGCUUAUGAAAAACGUUCGAAAACUGGAACACACAAACACUUUUCGGCCUUUGGGAACCAAGGUACCGCUGUAUUUGAUAUUCCUAAAAAUGAAAGAUAGCGUCCGUCCUCUUGGGUGGUUGCGAUACUUUUUCAGCAUCCUGGCUUUGUUGAAAGUAAUGCUUCUUUCCUCUCUGGUUUCAGGCAAUGGCUUUGUACUGGGUCUCCUCAAGCUUCAUGGGCCUUUCGCACAACCUCCUGCUUCGUUCUCCUGCUUUCCGUCGACUCUGCCACAUACCCCGGACCAAGUCUGAUUCAGACACUCCUUACAGAGAUAUUGCAGCUGGAAUCUAUGCAAAGUAUUUCCCAAAGUGAAACACUCUUUCAGAAGACCUGUGCUAUGUUUAGAUUUGGAAUUGAGCAGUGCUCUGCUAUAAAAGACUUAUUUAAUGUGGCUCCAUUGGACUGUUGAAAAUUGUGACACCGUAUUUAUUUUCCUAAUAAAAGAGUACAUGUCGUUA